CCCCCCUCUCUCUAGGCAUUAUACCUCUGAUUCCUUUAACUACACACAUCUCUCUCUGACUCUCUCUUACUCGCUCUCUCUUCUCUCUCUCAUUUUAUUCCCCAACCUGAGACACUGCCAAUGCCAUCUCCCUCUCUCUCUCUCUCUCUCUCUCACCAUCCCUGCCUUCAUAGUGGUAAUAGCAUAAUAUCAUUAUUCUCUCUCUAGCUCCUGUGCUUGUAACCUCUCUCUCUCUCUCUCUCUCUCUCUCUCUCUCUCUCUCUCACGCUCAAACACAAACCCCCAUACAAGAAUGAUAUGCCACUCAUGACCUAAUCACUUGAUUCCACCACAUCAGUCAUCUUCUCUCCUUUCCUUCCUUGGAACCAGAAAGUUCAGCUCGUAGUUGCAACAAGAUUCCGCUGCUCUGCAAUGAGCACCUCUACUAGCAGUGUGACUCCUGAUCUCUCCCUCCACAUCAGUCAUCCGUCCCCGGAAGCCGGCGGUGAGACGCCGGAGCCAAGGCUGUUGAUGGGGCUCGACACAGCUGCUGCGGCGGCGGCGGCGAAGACGGUCGACGUGGCCGUGCAGCGGCACGGCCUCCAGGUGCAGCAGCAGCGGCUGCACCAACCAAGCCAGACGGCCCACGGGUUGAAGAAGAGCUCCGGCACCGGUGGGAAGAGGAGCGCGAGGGCUCCGAGGAUGAGGUGGACCACCGCGCUGCACGCGCACUUCGUGCACGCCGUCGAGCUCCUUGGCGGCCAUGAGAGAGCAACACCAAAGUCAGUCUUGGAACUGAUGAACGUGAAGGAUCUUACACUGGCUCAUGUCAAGAGCCACCUGCAGAUGUACAGAACAGUGAAGGGCACUGACAGAUCAUGUGUUGCAGGCCAUGGCCAGACCAGAGACAUGGACUUUCUGAGAAGAGGUGAUGUUGGUGAAGUGGAAUACUUUGAUGGGUUCAACAGCAACAUGGUCAACACUGCUCUAAACAAUACUGACAGGCCUAGGUCACAAUCUCCAGGAGAACAGCAGCAGCAGCAGCUGGACCUGGAUCAUCGUCAUAACACUGCUUGGAUCCAAAUCCAGCUCCAGCAGAGCGAUGAACUGAUGAGGCUGCAGACAUUGCCAUGUCGCCUGCCUUACAACCUCAUACCUGAUCAACCUGAUCGCCUCUUCAUGAUGGAGCAAAGCAUGCAGGGAUUGAAUGGAGAAGGAGGACAAGACAGUGGGGGAGGCGCCGUUGUUCCUCUUGCAGAGGAGGCUCAUCGAACCAUGCAGGAGCAGAUCGCCGUCGGGCGGCCGUCGUCGAACGCGAGCAGCAGCGUCGAUACGAUCUCAAGCUCGGAGUGGCUGGCGCCGCCGCCGCAGCAGCAGCAGCAUGAGUACCAAAGUGCAGGAGCCGGCAUGAGGCUCCGGUUGGCGAGGCCGCCUCCGCCAAGCCUGGAGAUGAGCCUGGGGAGGCAGGGGUGGCAGAUGGACCAGCAGUGCGGCGGCGGCGGCGGCGGCGAGUUCGAGUCCUCGCCGUCGUCCAAAGAGCCAACUCUCCUCAAGUGCUUGUGAAACGAUCGAUACAUCAAAUGCUAUCUUUUAAUCAGUAACGGAAAUGAUCCAUGCAAUCAAGAACAGCCGCGCGGAUUAAUUCAAAGCUCGCAACUCCUAUCUGAAAUCUAA